AUGAAUAGUUCUAUAAAAGAUUUUUUUACUACCAGUAGACAUAGAACUAAUAUUAAUGAUCUCGGUGUAAAAUCAGUUGUUGCUACUUCUUCACAAGUUAAUGAUCAAAGUGUUUCUUCAGUCGAGUGUUCUACAAGUACCAACGAUUCUAAAGAAACUGAAGACAACAAUCAUAGCACUUUUGAUAUAAUGGCAUAUAUUGGUAAACAAAUGUCAAGUAAUGAAGAAGAUGAAGUCAUUGAUGUAUUAACUUCAAUAAAACGCCACUUAGAUUUUUCCUUGUAA